UUUUUUUAUUAUUACCUAACAGCUGCGCGGCUUUUAAUAGGUAAAUGAAAAUAAAUAAAAGGAGGGGUGAAUGGAGUAAAUCGGAAGUGAAUAAUGUAAAUAAAAUAUUGAAUGAAUAAAAGAGAGAGAAUAUAUUUUUGUUUGGUUAUUGACAACCUUUUUUAUGAAGAAAAUUAAAAAUAUUUUUUUUUAAAUUUUAGUUAAUAUAUUUAUUAAUUUACCUAAUUUAUUUUCUUCUUCAAAAAAAUAAUGAAAGAAUUAUUCGAGAAUUGUUGUUUAGGAUAUACCCAAAAUGUUCAAUUAUUAUUAUUUAAAAUGAGCAAAAAACAAAGUAGUAGAAGAUCUCCUUUAAAAUUUUUUCGUUUCUCUCCUUCAAAUGAUGACAGUCAUUUCUCCAACCCCCCAACUGGCUGGUUAUGUAAUCUUCGUCAACCAAAUACUUUACAUACACUUUUACAUUUGGCAGCCCUCCAUGGGCAUAAAGAAAUUGUUCAAAUUUUAAUAGAAAAAGAUAAACAAUUAAUUAAAAUAAAAGAUCGUCGUGGAUGUCUUCCUUUGCAUUUAGCUGCUUGGAAUGGGCAUUUAAAUAUUUUGGAGAAUGAAGUAAAUAAUUCUCUACAGACUGCCCUUCAUUUAGCUGUUCAAAAUGGACAUGGUCCUUCAAUACUUUUUAUUUUAAAGAAAAAUGGAAACCCAAAAAUGCGCAAUGCACACCAUGAGAAUUCUUUGGACAUUGCUGUUCGAACGGGACGAGCAAAUUUGUGUAGACUAUUGUUGAUGCAUUGCCCUGAACUUCCAGUUUUGAGUACUUCAGAGUGUUGCUCGACAACACCAGCUCAUCUAUCAAAAUCUUCUUAUUCAACCCCAAUUUAUCCAUUACAUAUAGCCGCUCGAAUUGGAAAUGAAGAUUGUUUGAAAGUUUUAUUAGAAAAUGGCUUUGACACAAAAUAUUUGGGAACAGAAGGGACUGCAGUACAUAUAGCUGCAAUUAAUGGAAAUAAAAAUGUUUUGAAAAUAUUACUUGAUAAUGAGGAUCCCCUUUCUUUAUCUUCUAUUAACGUAAAAAAUAUUGAAGGCCUAACAGUUUUUGAAUUAUUAAAUAAACAAUUGUCUAUUUUCGGUUCAUCUAAUGAAAAACGAAUUCAUGAACGUGUUCGUAGUUGGGAAGAAUGCAGAAAUAUUAUUUUAAAAUAUUCAUCAAAAGAAAAAAGAGAGCAAAUUGUAGAAAAACAAAAUAAUAAGGAAAAUAAAAAGAAUUUAAUACCCAAUGGUUGGACAAUUCAGGCAUAUAUUUUUAAUAAUAAAAGUCAUCCACCUUGCACAACUUCUUCUAAUUCUCAUUCUCCUAAACAAAGACAACCCAUUAGGACUGACAACAAAACCAUAACAAAUACUAAUAUUCACAGCAAUUCUCAUGCUAAAAGUGAUUGUCCAAAUUCCACUUCCGAGGACUGCCCUUAUCAGCCAUUGCCAGAAGAAAUUGGAAAUAAAUUAGAAAAUAACCAACGAAAGAACAUUAAUGGAUUUAACUAUCAAAAUUUGCCUAAAAGAUGUUUAUUGUAUGAUAAUGCGCCUUUAUCAGCUGCUGGUAGACGGAAAUGGCAACAUAAUUGUUGUCAUCCUCCGAAUAAUUCCUCUUCAAAUUCUCCUCUUCCUAGAGCUGAUUACCAUAGUUCUAAUUCAAAUUUACCUCAUUCAACAAAACAAAAAAAUAGUAAAGAAUCAAAUAAUUCCAUAAAUAAAGAAAUAGAAGAUGAAGAAGGUAUUCGUUCACUGCCUGUUUUGUCAUAUAAUUCCAUCACAAAGUUAGCCAAUUCAAACAAGUCUUCGCCGGAAUCUUCUGAAGAAAAAUUCCCUAAUCAAAAGCAGCACUCUUCUCAUUUCCAUUCUUCUUCUACUACUUCCUCUCCAUCUUCUCCACCUCCACCACAAUUAUCAGAAGGAUUUUCUUUAAAUAAUAAUUUUAAAGUACUUCAACCACAACAACAAGAAUAUUUUACUUUACCUCCACCUCCUCCCCCUCCCCCAUUCUCGUCUUUUCCUUCGCCUUCUCCUUCUUGUUCAUCUGGUUCAACUCCUCAUUCUCGCUUUCAUUCAAUGGAAGGGAAAGGAAAUAAUAUUAUUAAUAAUGAUAAAAUAAAUAAUAAUAAUUCCAUCAGUCAACAACAAUUAAAUGACAAACAAAAUGAAAUUAAUAACAAUUUAAAUAAAUCUAAUAAUAAUGAUGAGGAUGAUGGUGGUGAUAAAUUUAGAUGGAAAGAGGCGAAUAUUUUUUUAAAUUAA